AUGAGGGAGAUCGACUCCCAUUUCGAUGCUUACGAGCAUAUGAAGCACCUUCCGCGUGAGCAGGAGGCUCUUAUCAUGCUUCGCAAGGCUGCCUCGGCGGCUAAGCCUAUGAUGAGGAAGCGCGGUUGGAAAGUAGGAACUCUGGCCGAGUUUCUACCAGAUACAGAGAACUUGCUAGGGCUCAAUGUCAACAAGACAGAGAGAAUUCUACUUCGGCUUCGUUACCACCAUGAUUCCCGACAGUUCCUCCCACUGGAGCAAGUUAUAGAUACACUACUCCACGAAUUAUCACAUAUCAUAUGGGGACCGCACGACCAAAAUUUCCAAAACUGCUGGAAUGAGCUUCGCGAUGAGCAUCAGUCUCUUCUUGCCAAGGGGUAUACCGGCGAGGGCUUCCUGGGACAGGGCAAGAAACUGGGCGGAAAACGUGUCCCCUUGACUGAAAUGCGGCGACAAGCUCGCGCUGCCGCUGAAAAGCGACGCUCGAUCAGCGCAAUCACUGCUGGCUCUGGGAGGAAGCUCGGUGGCUCGCCUGUUACUCCCGGUGUUGAUAUGCGGAAGGUUAUUGCCGAUGCUGCAGCUCGACGAAACUCGAUCACUGAAGGUUGUGCCUCUGGUAGCAAAGAGGCAGGCAAACUGUCAACAGAUGCAUCGAAGGUUGGCUUCCGAACAAAGGCCGAAGAAGACGAUGCAAAUGAUCGUGCUAUUGCACAAGCUCUACGAGAACUCAUGGAAGAAGAAGAAAUGACGAGGCUAGAUGAACUCUAUGCACCAAGCGGAGCUGGAGGCCUAGCAUGGGACCGCGAAAACGGCCUUUCAUUCGACGACCUCUCACAACCUCAAUCUCCAGGUCUGAGCUGGAACAAAGAGAAGGGCUUAAUACUGGACCAUCCAAAUCCACCUAACCGCAACAGCCGUCCAGUUUCACGACUCCUCACCGAGAACCCCGGCCCCUUUCGAACACCAUCAUCCUCAACAACCUCAUCAGCCAAUCGCGCCAGCAGACCCCCCUCUCGCCUCAUUUCCGAAGACGAAGAACAGCGACGUCGUUCAAAGGCCCUCCCGAGCAUCCCCGCCUUUGAGCAACCCCUCGAGCCUGUGCCGUCCAGCGACCCAGAUAAGUGGGCAUGUCCGCAAUGCACACUACUAAACCACCUCAACUUCCUCAGCUGCGAAGCCUGUGGGCUGGAGCAGCCGCCUCAGCCGAUACCCAGGAACAAGCGGUAUGGACCCGCGCAGCGUCCACCACUGCCGAAGGCUCCACCAGCGGCUAGUUUGCGGGGACCGGGUGCUACGCCUUUCGAACCAGCGAAAGGACGGAUUGGGUGGAAUUGUUUGAAUUGUGGGACGUUUAUGGAGAAUCAGUGGUGGACGUGUUCGUUGUGCGGAACUAUGAAGGCAGAGUCAUGA